UGUGCAAGGACCUCAGCACCCCCACAGGGAAGAAUUUCUUCCCAAUAUCAAAGCCAUUUCCCCUUGUCCUGUCACUCCUAAGUGCCAGGACGAGUGUUGGGAGUCCCCAGUGCCUGUACAGAGAGCUGAGAGGAGAGGAUCAGGUCCAGGAGACAUUUCGGAUCAUGGACACAUGAAUCACCUAAAAUCACGUGCCUGUUCUCACUGUGUUCCUAAACUGGACACCUUAAUUAGCUGCCUGGAGUUAGGGGGAAUUAUUUUGGGCCUAAAUGCAUAAAACUCUGAGGCGAAGAGGAAUGAGGAUGGUGGUAUGACAAGGAUGAGCUGUCCCUGAGAUGAAAUGAAAUGAAAUGAAAGGCUUUUCACAAUUUUUACUCUCCCUGGAACAGAAAUCCCGACCGUGCAAUUCCUCAUGUGUCUGAGAGAGGCCGGGAAUAUUAAUGAGGAACUCGAGAGGUGCUUUAGUAGGAAGAACAUCAGAGAUUCUGUCAUCGCUUCCCUUACAGAUCCUGCUUUAUGUAAAUGGGAUUUAUUACAUCUUCUACUUCUUGGCAACUCUUGCAAUGAUCAUUUACAAAAGUCAAGUUUUCAGUUAUCCAGAUGAUCUUUUGGCUCCUGAUCUUGCCGUGCUUUUUCUUAUGGGCAUUCUGGAAGUGCCUCGAUUGUACUUGGGUUUCAAGGGUAACCUGACAGAAGCAGAGGCGCCGCUGGGGCUGAGCCUGGGGCUGACGGUGGGCAGCGUGGUGCUGUGUGUGUACCUGCUGCUGUGGCAGACCUACGUGCUGUGGGCUGAUGUGCUCCUCAAUGCAGUGCUGCUCUCCACCUACGGGCUCGAGUCGGGGCUCAAGGUCACGGCCAUCGCUGCCUUUGUCAGCUGAGCCCCUUCCCACGUGCCUGCCACACAUUCCUUCCAUGAAGGAGUGGGGCUUCAUUUGCACUAUUGAAUUCCUUUGUGUAAAAUCCCUCUAAAGCUUCUCUCUGUUUAAAUUUUGGGCACAUAAAUGUCCUGCCCAGGAGCUGUGUGAUGCUAUCCACCACUGGCUUAUUUAUGGGCAAAGGGAUGAAUUGCUAAAUACCCAACACUCUGGCAUUCACCAGGGGUCUGUACUAAACAUCCAUUCCCAAAACAGGAUAGGAGCCAGUGCUGCUGGCAUGGUGGGAGUUUGCAUGGCACAGCAGCAACAUGCAGCCCAAGUGACACAGAAAUGAAUCAGGCCAGGGCUCACUUGUGCCUUGCCACGCACACGUCCGUGUUCGAGGGCACAGCUGCUCUGCUGCUCUCAUUUGUGUUUCCAGACCUCAGUGGUAAUUUCCCUGACUUUAGUAGGGCAGAACCUGAUGUAUCCCAGUGGGGGAGAGUGGAACUGGGUUUUGUGCAUACCUGGAGAGCCGAGCCACAAGGUUUGGCAGCCAGUUCUUACACACUACGUGAGGGGAUGUUCGGUUAAACAGGAUGGCUU